AAGGGUAUUGAGGAAGCUAAGAACAUGACAGGAAAACCUCGCUCCACCGCACCAGAGAUGUCGGCGGAGGCUCUGUCCGCCUCCGGUCGCACCGCAGAGAAGAUGAGUCUGCCGGCACUGCAGUCGAAGAUGAAGUGCGAUCCUGAAGGGUACGAAAAGGAGCUUACCAUCCUCUACGACCAAUUCAAAUCAUCCCUCGAACUCUUUGAGCAACAGGUCGCUCUAAGCUUCACCUCCAUCAGCGGUAUCGGAAGCGACCCUACUAUCGCGAAGGACCUAGGAGACCGAGCCAUGUUCCUGGCACACGUGACCCCGUUUUACCCUAAACAGCUCUCACUGUUCCCCAAACAAUUGGCCGAUUUCCUUCGCUCUGCGGCCCGGACACUACCGUCGUCGCUUCGGUGCCAUGUAGCACAAGCUUUGAUUCUUCUCAUUAAUCGCAAGAUAGUUGAUACUGGGGAGACCCUUGCAUUGUUCAUGGAGCUCCAGACAUUCGGUGACAGGGCUUUAAGAAAGUUGGCAUUCUCACAUGUUGUUCACAGUAUUAGGCGUAUGAACAAGAAGCACAAAAAUGAAGCUAAAAAUCGGGCUCUUCAGAAUAUAUUGUUUUCUAUGCUGCAGCAAGAAGAUGAAGCAAAAGCGAAAAGAUCACUCAUCACUUUAUGUGAUCUUCAUAGGAGAAAGGUGUGGUUUGAUGAUAGGACCGCCAAUGCAAUAUGUACUGCAUGUUUUCAUCCAUCUUCAAGGAUCAUGAUUGCCACUCUAUCAUUUCUUCUUGAUUAUGAGAACAUCGAAGAAGAUGAUGAUUGUGAUGGUUCAAGCAGUGAAGAUGAUUUGGCUGCUCAAGAGCCACAAGUUCUUCUUAGCAGGGAGGCUAUAUAUAAGGCACACCAUAAAGGUACAACUUCUAGCAAGAAGAAGAAGAAAGCAAAAUUGCAGCGUGUCAUGAGGAGCAUGAAAAGGCAGCAGCGUGAGUCAUCAGAAAGUAGUAAUUCAAACUACUAUUCACCACUUAACCAUCUGAAAGAUGCCCAGGGAUUUGCUGAGAAGCUGUUUUCUCGCCUUCAAACUUGUAAUGAACGGUUUGAGGUUAAGAUGAUGAUGUUGAAAGUAAUUGCUCGAACUGUUGGCCUUCACCGCUUGAUGUUAUUGAACUUCUAUCCUUUCCUUCAGAAAUAUGUUCAGCCCCAUCAACGCGAUGUCACAAAUUUACUUGCAGCAGCUGUUCAAGCUUGUCAUGAUAUGGUGCCGCCAGAUGCAGUUGAACCUCUAUUCAAACAGAUAGUCAAUCAAUUUGUACAUGAUCGUUCUCGGACAGAGGCAAUUGCUGUUGGACUGAAUGUUGUGAGAGAGAUAUGUGUCCGUAUACCCUUGUUGAUGACUGAAGAUUUACUGCAAGAUCUCGUCUUAUAUAAGAAGUCACAUGAGAAGCCUGUUUCAUCAGCUGCUCGUUCACUUAUUACAUUAUUCAGAGAGGUUUGCCCAUCACUUCUUAUUAAGAAGGACCGUGGCCGUCCUGCUGAUCCAAAGGCACGGCCAAAAGCAUUUGGGGAAGCGAAUGUUGCUAGUGAUAUCCCUGGUGUGGAAUUAUUACAAGAAGAUGAUGAUACUAAUGAUGACAAUGAAGCUGGUAGUACUGGUGAUGGGGAUGAUUUCAAUGACUAUGAACUUGGUAAUUUUUCUGAAGAUGAUAGAGUGAUAAGUGCCACAGAAGAGGAUUGUGAUGAUAAUGAAGAGGAUGGUGGUGAAGCUGAUGAUUUGGAAACUGGAAGUGAGGAUGAUAGUAUACAAGAAUAUGAUGAAGGAGCUGAAGAUGAAGAUAGUGAUAAUAGUACUGAAAAUGUCUGUGAUUUGAGUGACAGGGAUGACGUAAGUGCUGAUAACCAUGAAAGUAGUGAUGCUGAUAAUGAUGAUAGGGAAGAAGAGGACAAAGAUGAAGAAUCCACGGUUUUGGUUGAAGCUAGUGACAAUCAGCUUGGAGUUAAAGUAUCUAAUGCACAGAAGAGGAAGUUUUCUGAUUUUGAUGGACAGCUGAAUGUUGCCGAUACAAGCCUUCGGGCUUUAAAGAGGUUAGCAGAAGCAAAGAGGCACCAUUUGGCAUCAGACAAAUCAGAUGGUAUCCUUUCCAACGAGGACUUCCAAAGAAUCAAAGAACUAAAGGCAAAGAAAGAAGCGAGGAGUGCGUUGACUCAACAUGGAUUAUUAAGAAAGGGAUCAGAUGCCAAUACAGCUUUUAAAGUUCCAAGUUCUGAUCAGCUAAGUGUUAUGAGGGUUGAUCCUGCCAAACUUGAAGCCCACAUAAAGAAGAAGCUAAGCAAGGAGGAAAGACUGGCAUUGGUAAGAGCAGGAAGGGAAGAGAGAGGGAAGUACCAGGCUCGAACAGCUCUCAAACAAAAAAAGACGGGUGGUUUGAGCAAUCGGCAGAAGGAGCACAAGAAGGCCAUGCCGAUUGCUGCAAAGAGAAUGAAGGUGGCAAGAUCUCGGCAAGAUAAAAAGAAAAAACAGAAUCGUUCCGGCAAACAGUUUCGCGGGAAGAAAGGAUGGAAAUGAUCGGAAGUAUCACUCUUGUUUCUUCGUUUUUUUUGUCUUUACUUACCCUUCUCCAUGUUACUCUAUUGUUCUAGAGGAUUUUCAUGGUAAAAGAGAUCCCAGUUGUUUUCAAUGAUUGGUAUUGCAAUUUAACAAAUUGCAAUGUAAAAUGAAUUUGGCCAAUGUAAAGUAUUCUUCUUACUGAUACAGAAGAAGCAGUUAUAGGAACCAUUCGGCCAAUGCAAUCGGGGAAUAAGUACGAUGGUGGUGGGUUAUGGUUGGCUGGGUUUGGGAUGUAUGUUAACUUGAGCUUUGCUGGUCUUA